GGCGCGCAGCGCGCACCCCGCCAUGUCGGACAAGAUGGCGGCGGCCGCGGCCUCCCCUCAGCCGCAGCCGGGCCCCGGGGCGGGAGCGGCACCGGAGAGCGGGGCCCAGCGCGGCGGCGGCGGCGGCGGCGGCGGGGGGGAGGCGGAGGCCGAAGCGGAGGAGUUCGGGUGCCCGGCGCACUGCUCCGACCUGGCGUGGCGGCAGAACGAGCAGCGCCGCCACGGCCUGUACUGCGACAUCACCCUGGCGUUCGGCGGCGGGCGGCCCGGCGCGGCCCGCGAGUACCGGGCGCAUCGCUCCGUGCUGGCCGCCGCCACCGAGUACUUCACCCCGCUGCUUUCCGGCGGCUUCGCGGAGUCGCGCUCGGGCCGUGUGGAGCUGCAGAAGUGGAGCUCGGAAGGCGGCCCCGACCCGGACACGGUGGAGGCCGUCAUCGGGUUCAUGUACACCGGCACCAUCCGCGUCAGCCCCGGGAACGUGCAUGAGGUGCUGGAGAUGGCGGACAGGUUCCUCCUGACCCGGCUGAAGGAGUUCUGUGGGGAAUUCCUGAAGAAGAAGCUGAACCUCUCCAACUGCGUGGCGGUUCACAGCCUGGCACACAUGUACUCCCUGAACCAGCUGGCCCUCAAAGCGCAGGACAUGAUCAGGAGGAACUUCUACAGGGUUAUCCAAGAUGAGGAGUUCUACACUCUGCCCUUCCACCUCAUCAGGGACUGGCUCUCGGACUCGGAGAUCACGGUGGACUCUGAAGAAAUCCUCUUUGAGACUGUUCUGAAGUGGGUUCAGAAAAGCCCCGAGGAAAGAGAGAGGUACUUUGAGGAUCUCUUUAAACUGCUUCGGUUGUCUCAGAUGAAACCCACUUACCUGACUCGCCACGUCAAGUCUGAAAGGCUGGUGUCGAGCAACGAAGCCUGUGUUAAAUUAGUGGCUGAAGCUGUGGAGAGUCAUGCCUUGAGGUCCGAGAACUUGCAGUCUGGUAACUUGCAGCAUUCCACUUGUCCUGUAGGGUUGUUGCCACGUUUUGGGCAGAACAUGGAUGUCAUUAUGGUGAUCGGGGGGGUGUCGGAGGGAGGAGAUUACCUGAGUGAGUGCGUAGGGUAUUUCAUCGACGAAGAUAGGUGGGUAAACUUACCCCACAUCCAUAAUCAUCUGGAUGGGCAUGCUGUUGCUGUGACAGAAUCGUACGUGUAUGUGGCUGGCUCCAUGGAACCAGGGUUUGCCAAGACUGUAGAAAGGUACAAUCCAAACAGGAAUAUUUGGGAGCAAGUCUCCAAUCUAAUAACCAGAAAGCAUUCCUUUGGCCUUACCGAAGUGAAAGGAAACCUGUACAGUAUUGGUGGCCAUGGCAAUUUCAGUCCUGGCUUUAAAGACGUGGCCAUUUACAAUCCUGAGCAAGACAAAUGGCUUAACCUGGAGUCAGCCCCCAAGAUCCUUCGGGAUGUCAAAGCUGUCUCGGUAGAAGACCGUUUCGUGUACGUUGCUGCUCGUACCCCCGUUGACAGCGAUAGUGAGGAUGGGCUGAGGGCAGUCAUUAUCAGGUACGAUGCUGAAACCAGGCAGUGGCAGGAUGUGGAGUCUCUGCCUCUCAUUGAUAACUAUUGCUCUUUUCAGAUGUCUGUUGCUAACACGAACUUCUACCAUACAGCAUCGUGCUGCCCCAAGAGCUACCCUAUAGAUAACGAGGAAGCCAAGAUUAAGAUCUCUGGCAGGGCCUCAGAUGAAAUACUUGAAAGCUUGCCCCCGGAGGUGCUUAGCAUUGAAGGAGCAGCUAUUUGUUAUUACAAAGAUGAUGUUUUUAUCAUCGGGGGGUGGAAAAACAGCGAUGAUAUAGACAAGCAGUACAGGAAGGAGGCCUAUCGCUACUGCGCGGAGAGGAAGCGCUGGAUGCUUUUGCCUCCUAUGCCUCAGCCUCGGUGCAGAGCGACCGCCUGCCACGUGAGGAUUCCCUUCAGGUGCUUGCAGGGCACGCAGAGGUACCCUAUGCCACAAAACCUGAUGUGGCAAAAGGAUAGAAUAAGACAGAUGCAGGAAAGGCAGAUGCAGGAAAUGCACCGGCACUCCCUGAGCUUGCGGCGGGUGCCCCGCUCGCAGAUAGAGUGCUAGUUGUGAUGGAACAGCACUCCUCGUGAGGCUGGGAAGCACUGUCUCUUGUUAGGCUGGAGAUGUCUUUAUAAGACAUGAGGGUGUUGGUUUGAUGCAUAAACCCGGCAUCUUUUAUGCAUUGAGUAUUAAGAAGCUCAGCAAUUGAGGACGGGUGGGAAUUGAGAAGCUAUGUGAAUCCAACAGUAUUACUCCGUGGUGCCCAGGGAGAAGCUGUAGCCUGUAUCGGGCUGUGAAAUGUCCCCGGGAACAUUAAGUCUGUUACUUCUCUCUUGAGAUCUUUGGUUUCAAGGAUUUCGGUGGAGUUAGGCUCUAACGGUUGUAUUUGGCAAAUCAGAGAUCCCUCAUCUUAAUAAUUUCGUGGUUACAUUCGUAUGUGCUGGAAAGCACCUCUUUUAUUUGCACUUAUCUAUUGACAUUCCUUUGGUUCUCUCCUCCUCAGCGGCUAAACUUCACACACAGUUGGUGUUAGUGCACUUUGCUUUCCCGAGCUGGAGGCAAGUGCAAUAGUUAUAUCUAGCUAUCAAAACAAAAGCACAAUCUUUCCUUAUCAGAUUCCUUCAGGAUGUUUCUGUGUGUAUGAAACGUUUUGUAUCUGUAUGUUGUAGAGAGGCUGCAGCGUUUGCUUGUGGAUGGAUGGUUGGUAGAACACAAGACACUUGCUAGAACGGAGAGCUUGAGGCAGUAAAGAAGGUGCUUUGAGUUUGUCUUUGACAGCUUCGUUAGAAACUUGGGUCAACAUCAGCCUCAGAAAAGGAGUGAAAACCAGCAAAGAAGCACCCGUCAGCACUGGCUGGUUACUGCUGUCAGUGGGGAGUAAGAACGGGGUUAUUUCACAGUGACAGACUGAAAAUGGAGCUGGUUAUAGAUCCCUCUUCAGAUGUUGGCACACCCUUUCAUCCUAGUGAAAAGGUGAUGGGAAGAACCCCCGUGAGCCUGUUUCCAGCCUGUCUUUGACAAUCAGAACCCUUUGCCUUCGGUACCCUCUCCCCUGCGCUGCAGGGCUCCAUCACAGCUCCACACUUAGUGUCCUUUUGAAGCGAGAUACUCGCGUGUUCAUGGUGUCUCAGUUGUUCAAUCUUCCCAUCACACUACGUGGGGAAAUUCAGGCUGGUUUCAAUACCUUUUGGCAUGCUGGGGGGGUUUUACAGAAACCAGUGCUUUGGCUGGCUCUGGUUCUCUUCCUCUAAGGAACAGAAAUGGCAGAUUCCCUUCAGAGUGUCACUGCCUCGGUUACUGUCGCGCUGAACUCUCCUCCUCCCUGGUCCCAAGAGCUGCAGGGUGCUUGAGGUUACCGGCAGAUCGAGUGCAUCCUUCCUACCUCCUUUUCCUCCCCAUUUGAAUGUUCCAGGCGGUCACACGCAGCCUAACUCAGGAUCUUUGGGAAGGGAAAGGGAGGAGUAACCAAGGUGUUCCAGAAUUCCUCUAGACAAACCUUGCUGGAGAAUGCGUUUGCUGCCUUUGGUUCUUCCCGUGGUUUGCUGGUGGUUUCGAUGGGGGCAACUUCUUUGCAAAAGAACUUGUAAACAGUUUGGAUUUUUGUUUUGUUUUGUUUUUUUUUUAGUUAUUUAGCUUUCUGAGCUGAUACUUCUCCUUUUCCAAUUCAGCACCAGCCUAGAUCAGAUCUGAAACCCUGGGUGUUCGGAAGAGUUGCGUUAUUGACUCUGUUGUAGCCCACUAACCUGUGAGUCUCACACCACCUUCCCUGUGGCCCCUGGCUGCCGUAGCCUGCUGCCUGUUGAUAAACUGCUCCUAGAAGCAGAAGCCUGGAGGUUCUUUCAGUGUGUCUGUAGUGGCCAGUUACACAUCAGCAAGAUCCUAGUGUGUUUGCAGUAAGUAUUGCAAGGCCAACUUCUGGCUUUACUAAUGUGAAAGAGCACCGGGAGGAGUUCUUCCUCCUCCUCAGGACAAUCAUCUCUCUCCACCUGUACUGACUGUGUGCCACAAAGUGCAUGUCUCAUGUCCUGUCUUUCUGCUCAAAGCAUCAGUGGAGUAGGACGCGUCCUGCCUCACGCUCGGCGGUCACUGUAGUGAUUUCUAGGUGCCACGUGUGUACAUAGUGUUUUAUAACUACCCGAAUACUCUGUUAGUACGCUGGGUUUGUGAUGAAAUGGAGACAUGCCAACUGUUUAGCAUGCAUUAUGAAUAGCUAUGCCAAGCAUCCUGCAGUACUAUUCCGAUAGCAUCUUGCUCCAUCACAGCGUUAGAGAUCAGAACUAUUGGCUCAACUUGUGUGUCAGGGGAUGCAUUGAUCUGUACUGACAAACUGAGUCACAAAGAAUUGCAACUGUGUGGGUCCUGUCUAACACAACCUAGUAACAGUGUGUUGUAACUCUCCAUGGGCUUAAAAAAGCAAGCUUCAAGUGAGUGCUGUAUGGCUUAGAUUUCUUGCCAGCUGUGUCCACGUUAUGGCAGGGCACAAAUCCUGCCUCCAGUUGUCAGUCCUGAAGUGGAAGUCUCAUAAAACAGGUGCUCUUGAGGAUCUAAUCCUGUUACUAAUACGAAUGUGAAGUGUGGAACUAACGAGGUGUUUGAAGACCAUUAAUAGUCAGAUGCUCCUCGUAGGUGCGUGUCACUGUGGAUCACGGCAGCGGUGCUCUCCUGUGUUAAUGUAGACUUCCACGAGUGCCUGGGGAGCAGCACGCCUGUACUGGCUUCCAGUAAGGUAACGUCGUGUGUGUGUGUCUAGGCUUGAAACCAAUCCUACUGUCACCUUCUUUACCUUCAAUACACUGUACUAAAGUCGAUUGUAAUGAGUGAAUUAAUGAAAAUAAACCUUUUAUUUCUCUAGCA